AUGUGGGGUGCCCCUGGACCAGCUCCCAGGCCCAGCCGGACGCUCCUGGUCUGCAGCUUGAUCCUGGCAGCUGCUUGGGGACAAAUGAAUUUCACGGGAGACCAGGUUCUUCGAGUCCUGGCUAAAAAUGAGAAGCAGCUCUCACUUCUCAGGGACCUGGAGGGCCUAAAGAACCAGAAGGUGGACUUUUGGCGCAGCCCGGCCAGGCCCAGUCUCCCCGUGGACAUGCGCGUCCCUUUCUCGGAACUGGAAGACAUCAAAGCUUACCUGGAUGCCCACGGCCUCACUUACAGCAUCAUGAUCAAGGAUAUCCAGGUGCUGCUGGACCAGGAGAGAGCGGCCAUGGCCAAGUCCCGCCGGAUGGAGCGCAGCGCCGGCAGCUUCAGCUACUCCUCGUACCACACCCUGGAGGAGAUCUAUAGCUGGAUGGACAGCUUUGCAACUGAGCAUUCAGAUAUUGUUUCGAAGAUUCGGAUUGGCCACAGCGUUGAAAAUCGGUCCAUCCUUGUCCUGAAGUUCAGCACUGGAGGCUCUCUGCGCCCUGCCAUCUGGAUUGAUACUGGGAUUCACGCCCGGGAGUGGAUCACCCACGCCACUGGCAUCUGGAUGGCCAAGAAGAUUGUCACUGAAUACGGCAGAGACCAGGUCCUGAGCAAGAUCCUCAACUUCAUGGACAUCUUCCUGGAGAUCGUCUCCAACCCAGACGGCUUUGCCUUCACCCACAGCAUGAACCGCUUGUGGCGGAAGAACAAGUCCUCCAGGCCUGGAAUCCUCUGCAUCGGCGUGGACCUGAACAGGAACUGGGAGUCAGGCUUUGGAGGAAAUGGUUCUAACGAGAAUCCCUGCUCGGAGACGUACCACGGGCCCUCCCCCGAGUCAGAGCCCGAGGUGGCUGCCAUCGUGAAGUUCAUCAAGACCCACGGGAACAUCAAAUCUCUGAUCUCCAUCCACAGCUACUCUCAGAUGCUCAUGUACCCUUACGGCCGCUCGCUGGAGCCCGUUUCAAACUAUAAGGAGUUGUACAACCUCGCCAAGGACGCUGUGCAGGCCCUGCGAGCUGUCCACGGGAUCGAUUACCUUUAUGGCAGCAUCAGCACUACCCUCUAUGUGGCCAGUGGAAUCACCGUGGAUUGGGCCUAUGACAGUGGCAUCAAAUAUUCCUUCAGCUUUGAGCUCCGGGACACCGGGCGCUUCGGCUUCCUGCUUCCGGCCACACAGAUCAUUCCCACGGCCCAGGAGACAUGGAUGGCGCUCCUGGCCAUCAUGGAGCACGCCCUGAAUCACCCCUACUAG